CACACACACACCUCUCAGUUGUUGCUGAGCCCAGCCAGAACGAACAGCAGCAGCUUGAGCUCUGAGGAAAGAAGAAAAAGACUCGCACACACACACAACAAAGAAGAAGAAGAAAAGAAACCAGAGUAAGAGGAUGAGGUUGAGUGUGUGCAGUGUGCCAGCGGUUCCCUGCUGCCGUCCCACACAGAUUGCAAGGAUCUUCACGCCCCCCCUGCUUCUCCUCCUCUUGGUCCUGAGCAGCAGCAGCGGCAGCAGCAUCGGGGCCGUCCCCUCUCCCUUCCAGCUGGCCCCUGACACGCCGGCCCCAGCUGAGCCCACCCCGACCCAGGCCACACCUCGUCCGGACCCCUGCGAGGGCCGGCCCUGCCUCAACGGGGGCUUCUGCCUGGCUCUUCCGUCCGCCGGCAGGCCAGAGGACACCUGGGAGUACACCUGUACGUGCAGCCAAGGCUUCACCGGACGCAACUGUGAGUUUUUCACAGACCCGUGUGCCAGCAGCCCCUGUCUCCAUGGAAACUGCAGCCGGAGCGAUGGUGGGGAGGAAGGGGAGCCGGCCUACACCUGUGAGUGCACUGAAGGCUACGAGGGGGAGAGGUGUGAUCAGAUCCUAUUGGACCUGCCGGCUGCCGACUGGGACCCCGCCACCCCCUCCGCUCCUGAGCUGGCUACCCCCGUCGCCUCCACCACCACGGCUGCCACUCAGCCGCCACAGCCAACCACCAUCCCCUCCACCACAACACCAGCCUCUCCCACCCUGCAGCCAUGGCAACCCAAACCUGGGCAGAGGCUGUUGGUGGUGCCGUGGGAGGCAGACAGGGUGACGGAGGGUCUGCACUGUGUGAGUCCUGAGCUGUGUGAGUUGACAUCAGGAACUCUGACUCUAUCUCUGGAGGUGCCUGAAGAGACGGCUGUAAAGGUGGUGGUAAAUGCCAGUGGAGCUCCAGUGCUGUGGCGUGUGAACGAAGAGGGUUUCCUGCGUUCAUCCAUUUUGAAUGGGACUACGAUGUGGUUCCUGCAGGCCCAUGAUGGACUGGUGGUGCCAGACCACUCACUGCCCCUGGGACAGAACUACUUCCUCAGUGUGUUGCGUGUGGGCGCCCCCACAGCCCCGGAGGUCACCCUGCGUCUCAACCUGACGGUGAAGGCCAGCAGCUGUGUGGAGCCUGGCAGCAGCUUCAGUGACCCUCAGUGUUCAGGGAAGGGCAAAUGUAUCACACAGCCCUCUGAGAGCACUUUCUUUUGCGAGUGUGAGGAUGGGUACACUGGUAUCUUCUGUGAGGAAUUCGAUGCCUGCCACCACAGACCUUGUCGCAACAAUGGCACCUGCACUGACGUUAGACAGGGGGGUGAAGGACGCAAUUUCACAUGCACCUGCCCUCCAGGUUAUGAAGGGGAGCGCUGCCAGUUGCUGGUUGACCACUGCGGAUCUCAGCCCUGCAAGAAUGGAGCCACGUGUUUCAGCAGCCUGGCCGGGCCCAGGUGCUACUGUCCCGAAGGCUACCAGGGUGCUACGUGUGAGCAGAAGGUGGACCCGUGUGCCUCCAGCCCCUGUCACAAUAACGGGACAUGCUAUGCCCAGGGCCCCGGCCCCCUGGGGUUUGGCUGUAGCUGCACAGCAGGCUUCACCGGGCCUACAUGUGCCCAGCUGGUGGACUUCUGUGCCCUAAACCCAUGUGCCCACGGGGUCUGCCGCAGUGUGGGCAACAGCUACAGGUGUCUGUGUGUCCCAGGCUACCAUGGCUUGUACUGUGAAGAGGAGUACAAUGAGUGUCUGUCGGCCCCCUGCCAGAACUACGCCACCUGUAGGGAUCUCAUCAAUGCCUAUGAGUGCGUCUGCACACCACAGUUUGAAGGCAGACACUGUGAAAUCUAUAAGGAUCCAUGUCUGAAGAUGCACUGCCAGAAUGGAGGCCACUGUGAGAGUGCAGGACUCAACGUUUCCUGUGCCUGCCCACCUGGAUACCUGGGGGAGAAGUGUGAGGUCGAUAUCAAUGAGUGCGAGAGCAACCCUUGUCACCAUGGAGGCACCUGCAUCGACCAAUCAAACGGCUUCACCUGUCACUGUCCACCUGGGUGGGUUGGGCCCAGCUGUGAGAUCCACCUGCAGUGGAAGCCAGCACACACUGAUGACACCCUGACCAACAUGCCCCGCCACUCCCUGUACAUCAUCAUUGGAGCGCUGUGUGUGGCCUUCGUCCUCAUGCUCAUCAUCCUUAUUGUGGGCAUCUGCCGCAUCAGCCGCAUCGAGUACCAGGGCUCGUCCCGCCAUGCCUACCAGGAGUUCUACAACUGCCGCAGCAUCGACAGCGAGUUCAGCAACGCCAUCGCCUCCAUCCGCCAUGCCAGAUUUGGCAAGAAGUCCAGGCCUGCCAUGUACGAUGCCACUCCUAUCGCCUACGAAGACUACAGUCCUGAUGACAAGCCUUUGGUUACCCUCAUCAAGACGAAGGAUUUGUAAAACACAACCAUCCCAGCACAUCACAAGCUGUACACAUACGACUGCACAUGUACACAUGUGCAUGUGCACACAUACACAGAAAGUCAGUAUAAACCUUAAAGUAUUUCUUAAGAAAAAAACAGCAAAACAAAAUUGAAUGUAAAGUAGAGAAGAAAAAUCCACAACAUACUCUGUAGUUUAAAAAGAACAAAUCUUGAAUUUGAUACAUAUAUUUUCCUGUCAAAGUCCACGAUAAGGCUUUAUUGUAGCAUAAGAGCAUACUUUGCAUUACUUAAGUUAUUGAUAAUGGGCGACACUACCAGUAACCUCUGCUGUACAAGAGUGAUAACUUUAGUCUGCACCAGACUGUCUGUCUGUCUGUCGGUUGGGCCAGCGACCCAGCAGCCUAAAUUUCUAAGUGCAAACUCAGCAAACAGUGCUGACAGCAGUCCUUACAGGUGUUGUAGAAAUAGCUGCACUCCUCUUGGUGCAUACACUGUAUCUUUUUCUAUAUCUAAAAUAAUUCUGCAGUAGGUUGCCUUACUUUGUGCAUGGUUAGAUUUGAUGUUCUCUCUCUGCAUUAUUUUAAAAUCCUUUGUAAUUGGUUGUUGGUUGAUAUUUUUCUUCAUUGCAGUUGUAUUUCUCUGUCAAGAUUGUGCCAAAUAUUUACUUUGGGGUAAUUUGUGGUUAGUAGAUCAAAUACAUACAUGUAUAAAAUACUAGUCACAGAAAUUUUCUUUUUAAAAUACAUAUUGUCCUGUUCUUUACAUGCAAGUUUCUCAAUGGUGUAUGAAUAGUAAAGAAAGUGGGUUUACUGGAGUACUGUGACCCUACCAUCCUACUAUAUGUAUUUCAGUGAUAUUUAGGAUAAUAGGUAGGUAUAUUUCUCACUGCACAGAAACAAUAGUUGGUUAACUCAGUGUACCUGUUUAUGCCAGUGUACAAAUUCACAUCUAGUAUUGACAGUGUUGAAUAGUUUCUGGAUGAGAGUUUCUUUGCUGGAGUGGCCUCUUGCUGGCUUCGGGGUGGAGAAGAAGACGGAGGAAGAGAAGCCAGAGAGGGAUGAUAUCUACUCCAGAAUAUAUGUGCUUCUGUGUCCUGCCAAUGGAAAACUCUCUGUGUGUGCAGCUGUGUUGUUCCUCUCAAGAUCAAGCAAUGUUUUACCAGUAGGCUCAGCUAAUCCUCAGAUUUAUUUCUCUCAUUUUAAACACAGCAACCACAUGAUUACCUAUUAUCUAUGUUGAAUGAUGUAAACAAUAAAGAUUCAAGUGAACAUAAUCUACAGUAUUCACCUGGUGUCUCAUGUGAAUUCAAGUUUAAACAUAAG